AGUAGCCCGGGGUCCCCUCUCCGUCCCUGGCGCGUGUGGGGGGCGCUGCACGGCUGGGGCGGCAUCGCCGUCCCCGUCCCCGCGCCGCCCGGCUGUUGAGCGCCUGCAGCUCCCCUCCUGGAGCCUCGCCCGAGCACCCGGCCCCUGCCGUGCAGCGAGCGUGCGGCUGCGCCAAGCCCCGCUGCGGCGCCUGACCCGGCCGCUCCCGGGGGGGCGCCCCUGGAGAGGGCUCGGGCCGAGGGCGCGGUUAGCUCCGCCGCGCAGUGUGACCCUGCCAGAGGAAUAAUGCGCAGGGACUCGCUAGUGCCCGGUGCCGGGCCAAGAGUUGGCAGCAGCAGCCUUUCUCCUACUUUACUGCAUCUAGUGAGAACACCACCCUGUUCUUCUCAGAAUGGAGCCUAUGUACCAAGCAACAGGGUGCAGUGGGCAUCAUCCUCUUCUAAGCCAGGGCAACAAGUGUCUGAGUCUGGUGAGGGACAGAUCUACCUCAGCAACAGCUGUGUGAAGAGGCUGCUGGAGAUUAUAGAAGGGUCUGAGUUUCUCAGGCUGCAGGUGGAGGGAGGUGGCUGCUCUGGAUUCCAGUACAAGUUUUCCUUGGACAGAGUUAUCAAUCCUGAUGACAGGGUGUUUGAACAAGGUGGUGCUCGUGUUGUUGUGGAUGUGGACAGCCUGGCCUUUGUGAAAGGUGCAAUGGUGGAUUUCAGCCAGGAGCUAAUCCGCAACUCAUUCCAGGUGGUGAGCAAUCCACAGGCCGAGAAGGGCUGCUCGUGUGGAACAUCCUUUUCUGUCAGACUCUGAGUGGACUCCUCCUUGGGUGUUGCUUGGGUGGACAUUGAGCCAGAGACUGUCCUCAGCAUCGUCUCCAAGGGUUUCUCAUUUUGCUAUUUUCUCAGCUUCCCCAGUCCUCCUCCUCAAUCUGUUAUACAGUUACUGCAAAUAUCCCCGUUUGCCUAUUUGAACUGCGUCUGCAGCCAAGACCUAUAGGGCUCUCCCUCCAAGGGUUUGAAAUAGGCUUUAAAUCCCACACAAAAGCAUUUUCUGUCCUCUAUGAAGCUCCAGGAACUGCUGAAUAUAAUGAGCAAUCUUGAUCUCCCUGAGCCACCCAGCACAUGGAACUGACUUUCAGGAGCUGCCUGUACAUGUGUAUUUGAUAUUGUUGGCUUUUAAAAAAACAAACUCAGUUUC